UAGGGUUGGUUUAGGGGUGGGAUUAAGAGGUUAGGCCCAAUCAUACAUCAGUGUUUUCGUACUAUUCUAUCCGAGGACUGGCGGGCCAUUGUACUUACUCAUCCCUUUAGUGUUUCGCUUUCUUCCUGAACUUUCUGCAGCAUUCUACAGAGCGCAGAUAUUAAGACCAAAUGGCAACCAGCAGGAGUUUCCCUGAUAGUUUUAUUGACGAGCAUCCGAAGACGGCUCUUGAGGAGCUAAAUAAGGCUUUGGAAGAGAAAGGUGAUAAUGCUGAUUGGCUCUGCCAGCGAGCUUAUGCCAAUAUACUACUGAAACAGUACAAUAGAGCAAUUGAUGAUGCCAAAAAAGCCCAGCAGCUGCAGCCAGAUCUGGCACUUGCAUUUUUAAGAAGAGGAAUUGCAGAAUAUCACCUUAAAAACUUCAGCACUGCUCAUCAGGUUUUCACAGCUGCAAAAGAGCUUGAUUGUUCCAGUGAAUGCUUGCAAACAUGGAUCCAGCAUUGUGAGGAGAAAAUGGCAAGUACGUAUAAUUCAACCAUGAUUUUCAUGUAAACUAUGAAAUCACUUUUGCUAACUCUUAAAUAGACAUCAGAUCUUGUAUUAGUAGUUAUGGGGAAGACGUUUUGGAACUAGUAACAGGGGUUGUAGUUUACUUUAAACAAAUGAAGUGACGUAAGCCGACCGACACUGUGGCAUUUAUAAAACAUAAAGAGCUGAAGGACGAUUUGGCGUUAACUGUGUUUUUUGUUUCAUGAUAACUGUGUUGUACUGUAGACCUAUAUAUUGCGAUUGAAUAUCAUCGAGACGGAGAAAAACAAUUACGUAAAUUCAGGUGACCAGUUAGUGCUGUUAAAAUCAGCUUUUUGUAUGUUUAUAUCUUGUAACAUGUUAAAAUACUGUUUUAUGGCAUGCGAUCAUCCAGUCAACAUACACUUGCAUCUCUGGUAGUUCCUGUUAUUCUCUGUUAGACCCUUCUCUAAAGGAGCAAAUUAAGACACUCCAAAAGGUUUUCCUGAACUAAAACAUCUUUCCAGUUUCAGGCUUUGCGAACACAACAAAAAACAGGUACUUGUGCUUAUUAGUUCUGGUAAAAUUAGGCGCUUUCUGACUAAAUAAGUUUAGGAACAAAGUUUUGGAACGCGUAAAGAGGGCUGUCUUUUGUGAACUUAAGUUUUCCCUCAACAACAAAGCAAUUUAAGCUUGUCCGUCAACAAUGACAAACAACCAAACAACAGAAGUUCAGCCAAUAAGCGUUUGCUUACGUCACAGGUCGUUCCUAUCCUGCUGGUUUACACCCUGCACAGAGACUGUGCUAAAGUGUUCCUCAAAAACGUUCCCAACUAAAAUUCUGGUCGGUUCCGGCUGUGCAAACACAACAAAAAGCGGGUACUUCCGGCAAGUUGAUCUGGAACUACAAAAACGUUCAUGUGGUCAAAAAGCCCCUUAUGAAAUCAUUCAGGGGGUGUGUAAGCCCCUACUAGUUUUCUAUGAUGGUGUUUUUAAAUAGCAAAUGCGGCACAGAAGCCAAAUCUGAAGCAACAUUAAACCACAAAAAUGUGUAUUUACACUGACUGUUUAAUGCGGAUCUGAAGUGGCAUUAGUGCAUUUAGGAGGGUCAUUCACUCCUCAAAAUUUUAAAAUGUUUUUACAGAAGCAAGACCAAUAUCAGUAGUGAUGAAAGCUAAAAUAUCAAAUGCCACCGAUGAACUGUAAUUGAGUAAUCUAGUCAAAUCUAUUUGUAGAAGAGGGUAAAAUCAAGACUUCUAUCCUGGAAAUGUUAAAUGAAAAUGUCAAGAAAUUUUUGAGAUACGUUAAUCAGGGAUGUGAUUUUUCUGUAUAAAUACGGAUUUCCGUCGUGGGACAUCCCGUGUAAAUUGCGCAAAUUCAAUCUUUUUUUUUCAUGGAGUGGGUGGGGUGCUUUGCGAUGCGUGCGGCAUCAUCAUUCAAUAGGUUACCUGGGUCCUUAAUGCCUUCUACGUUGUGCAUGUUUGUUGAGAUGUGCAGAACGACUGCUUCACUUGUAGCACAAUCAUCAGUUGUGUUGGAUUUUACAUGGCGCUGCACAGAAGCAUUGGUGUAUGACAGAGAACAGACUGCUCUGUGUGGUUACAAAACGCUCUUGUGGAACUUUUAUGUUAUAUCUGAUAGGUAUGCGCAGCCCUGCAUGAAGUCCAGCACACUAAUGCAUACAGGGUCUGUGGAAAGUCAUCAAAGGUCACUUAGAUAGAUUAGUACUUAUAAAAUCAUGUAGUAUUAUUUUUACUAACAAUUAUUUUCAUUUCAGUGGGGAACUGAACAGUUGUUUGACAGUGUAAGAUACAAAACGUUGUAAAACGUAAGGUUGCUAAUGUAACCCCGGUUCUCUGAGAACAGAGCAAGGUAUCUCUAUGGGAAACGCCACAGGCGUGAUAGACUAUGGAAGCACCAACUACACCACCCGGCAAGAAUAAAAAAAACAUAUAAUUUCUCUGUAGAGCCAACUUUAAGAACUGUAUAGGCCCUAGUUGGCGCAGUGACAUCCUCAACAAGUUUACACUCCUCCGAGGAAAAGGGAGGGAGUAAAAGGCAUGCAGCUACAAAGUAGUGCAGUUAUAAGAUAAAUCACUGACAAGCCGGAUUAGGCACAAGUGUAACCUUGCUGUGCUCCGGACUAAAACGCAGACAUGCUUGGUGGAACUGACAAAGCAUGUAACUCCCCGACUCGCUUAGCUGAUACUAAUGCUAAUGCGAGAAUUAGCAGCAAGGCCUGUUUCGACUGCACGGAUUGGAUUGUCUUUGAAGCUGCAGCCGCUGAUCUGGAUGAGUUAAUUGACACAGUGACAUCCUACAUCAGCUUCUGUGAGGACAUGUAUUCCCACAAGGACUCACUUAACAUGCAACAAUGACAAACCAUGGUUUACAAUGAAACUGAGACAGCUUCAUCAGGCCAAAGAAGAUGCCUACAGAAGUGGGGACAAAGUCUUGUAUAAACAGGCCUAAAACACACUGACAAAGGAGAUAAGAGCAGCUAAGAGAAGCUACUCUGAAAAGCUGAAGAACCAGUUUUCAACCAAAGACCCUGCAUCAGUGUGGAAAGGCCUGAAAGACAUUACCAACUACAAGCCAUCAUCACCUCAGUCUAUGGGUAAUCAACGACUGGCUGAGGAUCUGAACGACUUCUAUUGUCGUUUUGAAAAGCAGAGUCUCACCCGCCACACCCGCCCUGACCCUAUCUCUGCUAUACCAUUAACACCUCCUCUUGACACUCAACCUGCACUUAGGAUCUGCGAAGAGGAUGUGUGCCAGCUUUUCCGCAAACAAAAGAUCAGAAAAACACCAGGCUUGAUGUGGUAAAAGUCGAUCUUGAAGUUCAAAAAAUCUCUCAGACAAAGAAGGUUCAGGUGUCAAGGAGUUAACUUUAUUUGAUCAGGCCAAACAAAGUGAGAUGUCCCAAGUCAUCUGAAAACCAAGUGUUUUCCAGCCUACAGUUAUCGUGAAACUUAGGAAAGGAGGUGCUUUCCUAAACCAAUCAGGAAAUUCCCUUUAUCUUUUAUUUUUUAUUAUCCAAUCAUUCUCGUCUGCCACUAUUAUUUUCUAGGCAACAAGGUUUGUAUAUAAUGGUGGAAUGUCGACAUUUACUUGAUUUUUUAAAAAUAAGUUUUCCUGUUGGUACCAGUUUUCAGGCCACAAAGUGAACUACAUGUUCAACCUUCUGAACUUUAUCUAGGUCAGGCCUUAAACAGAUCUCAAAGACAUCACUGAAUUAUGUAUUGCUGAAAUCUGUUCUAUACUUGGUUAAAAUGAUUAAACAUAUACUUAUAAUUCAAACAACACUCAAUCAUUGCUUAAGUAUGCAGAUUAUAUCAUUAAAUCAUAAAAUCAUCUUCAUAUAUUCAGUUGUAAC